UCAAUAUUAGCCAAAUAAGUUUCUUGGAUCCAUCGCGGUACCAUGCCCUCCGUUUGUUCAACAAUGACCAUCCAAGUAGAUUGAGGCCAGCUUUGAAGAGUAAAAUCAUGUUAAUUUAGCAAAAAAAAAAAAUAGCGGAUUAAAUUCAUUUUCUAACAUUCCAGAAUGUCCAUCAUCAAACAUGCUGUUUACAGUGAAAAUAUUCUCAACAGAAGAACCGUACUUCUGUCCCGCGGUGUUUAUUAGUGCGGAUUCGCUACUGGCUCCGGCGCUGUGCCUGAAAGUAAUGCAACCGAUCGAGGAUCACCCAUCAAGUCACAUGUUUGUUAUGGUCGAUGCAGAGCAUGUUUUCUAUUACGAGGGAGGCCGACGGUACAUCAAUAAGAUCUUCUAUCAUCCGAAGCUAGAGGAUGAGCCAGCAUACCACAACGUGGCAGUAGUGAAGCUGCGCAAUGCAAUCCGAGAAACGGUUACUCCAAAUGGCCAGAGUAUUGUCGCGUGCCUUUGGUCGGAGGCAAAGCUGCGAAGUGAAAAAGUAUACCUAGGCGAAUGGUUCAAAUACCAACCUGAACAAAAUGCUGCCUUCCGAUGGGUCGAUCUUCCAGUCAUCACGAGGAAAGAGUGCCGGGAGGAGCUUUCGAAAAGUAAGGUAAACAUUCCAGAGUUCGACCGAGGCAUAGUAGAAACGCAGCUCUGUGUGAAAGAUAAGAAAAACCAUACAAUGAUUGAAUUCUGUGAAGCUCGUACUUCCGGGCCACUGUUCAUGAUGCUAGGAAGCACCGUAUAUGUAGUCGCGAUGCCUACAGUACACAUUAAUGACUGCAAUGUGCAGGUGGAGGUGUUCAAUCGCAUAUCGUCGUUUCUAGACUGGAUCGAAGCUAUCGUGUGGCCUCAUCUAGACUCCGUAUAGAAUCAUUGAGUUCUCAUUGUUGGGCUACUAUAAACUCAAUGGUUGGUUGAAAUUUUUCUCCUGCUGAAUGAUUAAAAAUGGGAAAAUUAGUAGCAAUAAAAAUUAU